CGAGCUUUCGUUUUGGCUUCUUCCCCAUCCCAUCCCUCAUCGGCAUCCCAUCCCUCAUUGCUUCCCGUUCUGUCAGUCGCUCGUCGGCAUCCAAACAAAGACAUGUGCUCGUCGCUGCUCACCUUAGUGCUGCUCGGCCUGACCCUGGCCAAUGCGGGGGUCGAGGUCAAUGCCGGUCCCCCGCUGAAGGUGUUGGGUCUGUUUCCCCAUCCCGGUGUCAGCCACUUCCACUUCUUUCAUCCCAUCAUGAAGGGUCUGGCCGAGGCGGGUCAUGAUGUCAGUGUGGUCUCCCAUUUUCCGGACAAACAUCCGGUUGUGCGCUACAAGGAUUACCCACUAACAGGCAUUGAAAAGCUCACAAAUAGCGUGGAUCUAAAGAUCUUUGAGAAACGCACCUUCUACGGUCACUUCCAAGAGUUCUUUCUGCUUUACGAUUGGGGCAGGCAGUCCUGCAACUUCACUCUCCGCUCGGACGCACUGCAGCAGAUACUCAAGCGCAGGCAGGGCUACUUCGAUGUGAUCAUCAUGGAGCAGUUCAACACGGACUGCAUGAUGGGAGUGGCCCAUCAGCUGCAGGCGCCAGUGAUUGCACUGAGCAGCUGCGUCAUGAUGCCCUGGCACUAUGAGCGGAUGGGUGCACCGAUAAUACCCUCCCACAUACCCAACCUGUUCAUGGCCCAGUCGCAGGACAUGAACUUUGGGGGACGCCUGGCCAACUGGUUCAGUUUCCAUGCCCUCAACUGGAUGUACAAAUUACUCUCCGUACCCGCUGCCGAUAAGCUGGUGCAAUACAAGUUCGGCCACGAGCUGCCCUCCGUGGGUGAACUGGCGAAGAAUACCUCGUUAUUCUUCGUGAAUCAGCACUACUCCCUGAGUGGGCCCAAGCCACUGCCACCCAACGUGAUCGAGUUGGGCGGCAUACACAUACAAAAGUCGCAGCCAUUGCCCGCGGAUCUGCAGCGACUGCUGGACAACGCUGAGCACGGGGUGAUCCUCAUCAGCUGGGGCUCCAUGAUACGCGCCAAUUCCCUGUCCGCUGCCAAGCGGGAUGGUAUCGUACGGGCAGCCGCACGCCUCAAGCAGCUGAUCAUCUGGAAGUGGGAGAACGAGACGCUGCCGAAUAAGCCCGCCAAUAUGCACAUCAUGAAGUGGCUGCCACAGCGCGAUAUCCUGUGCCACCCCAAUGUCAAGGUCUUCAUGUCCCACGGCGGUCUCAUGGGCACCUCGGAGGCGACCUACUGCGGCGUACCCGUGGUGGCCACACCCAUGUAUGGCGAUCAGUUUCUGAACAGCGCCGCCUUGGUUCAGCGGGGAAUGGCCACGGUCCUGAACUACGAGGAUAUCGGGGAGAACAGCGUAUUGCGCGCCCUGAAAAAGGCAUUGGACAAAAAAUACUACGAUGCCGCCAAGGCCGUCUCCCACUCGUACAACCAUCGCCCGCAGCAGGCUCUGCAGACGGCCAUCUGGUGGGUUGAGCAUGUGGCCCAUACCAACGGUGCUCCCCUGCUCCAGCCCAGCGCCGUGCAUAUGUCCCGAUUCGUCUACUACUCCCUCGACUGCUAUGCGGUCCUGGCUCUUAUUCUGGCCAUUAUCAUCGGCAGUUGGCUGGCGCUCGUCCGACGCUGCUGCGGCUCUAAGCCCGCGGCGAAGCCAAAGCGGGAAUAGUGGGAGGAAAAUCUGUCAUCCGUCAUCGUCUGUUGUGUAUGUGAUAUUUUAUAUGUUCUUGUGUAAGAGAAUUUUUAGUGUACAGACGCUUCCUGAUCAAGGAUUACAAUUGUAGUUGUAACAUAAUCGUAGAUCGGACUAAAACCAAAUUAAAUGUUUAAUAAAAUCGGAAAUAUA